ACCAGACCUGAAAGAAAAGCAUUCUCCCAGAAUAGCUCUUAAUCCCCUGCUUACCAGACAGCAGUGUUUUGCUCCUAUCACUUCAGUUUGCUGACAAAUGCCUCUCUUGUCCAAUGUGAGAUCAUGGUGCAAAGGGCAUGUGUGAAGCUAAGGGAGCCCUACUGUCCCCUCCCAGUGCUAGUCCACGCAUGGGACAUCAUCAAGCCACCUUUGCUGCGACCAAAAAUGCAUCCCCACAUCAUCAAGCCACCUUUGCUGCGACCAAAAAUGCAUCCCCACAUCAUCAAGCCACCUUUGCUGCGACCAAAAAUGCAUCCCCUCAACCUCGUAACAGAUGCACAGCACAGUCAGAGGCAGGAUUCGAGAUGCUCCUCUUCUAGUUGCAAGGGGAGUCCAAGAACUCAGUGACACAGGCUCAGAGCACAUCUUGGGGAGGGUACCGGAACAUGCAACAACCAAGGGGUCCCCCCGCUUCAUGUUUUGCAGCAGGUUUUACCAUGAUAUCAAGAGACCAUGCUUGCACCAGGAUGGGUCUGCUGCAAUGGAGGUACACUGGGCACCUGCUCUAUGUCCUGACCCUACUCAAGGCUGCCGGGACCUUGGCCUUGAUGUUCUACGCGCUGCUGUGGGAAGCUGGGAACCUGGUCAACCUUCCUGACAAACGCAUUGGCUUUUACAACUUCUGCCUGUGGAAUGAGACAGCUGGGGAGCUGCAGUGCCUGGAGUACAAGCAUCUGCAGGUGAUGGGCAUCAGCCUACCAGAAAUAGUGAUAGCCAGGGUUUGUGUGUAUUCCUGCCUCGUCCUCAGCAUCUUCUACCCCAUUUUUGUUGUACAUGCAAAGUGCACAGAUGAGAGAGGGAGCUGGAAGGUGAUUCUCAUCACAUUUAUCAUCAAGACGAUAAUCCUGUCUGGAGGCCUGGGUAUGUUUCUUUUCCAAACCUCACCAUGGAUUCACCCCUCUGAUUUCACUGGAGGCUUCCUGGCACUGCUGGCGACUCAGGCUUUGCUACUGCUCCAGACUCUCACUGCUGCUAUGUAUCUCAGCUGGGUCAAGCACACCUCCCACUGUCAAAGCCCUUUUACUGAGAAGGCCCUGCCCACUGAGGUUUGACAGUGAAGAAGAUGCAAGAGCCAUCGAUAACCUGCUUUAAAACAGUAAUCCCACCACAGCUUUAGUCACUGGCAGGAAUCUGAUCCUUAACUCAAAGGCCCAUGUCCAGCCAUGCUCUGGCACACGGCUGUGUGCUGUGCUCCUGAAGCGAGCAGGCAGCAGACACCAACACCCACAGCACAUCGUGGAAGCUUCCCAGAAACAGCAGCAUGUAACACACCCUUCAGCCUGGGCCACAACAGCAAAGCGACAACAUUUCUGGCCCUGACGCAGAGGACAGUGAAGGGGACAGAUCAGAACCAGCACACAGUGGAUACAGCCCUCCGGACAUAUCUAGCCUAAGCAUAGGCAGGCAGAGAUGCAAACAGGCUUCCUUUCUUGGAAUUGCCCAAAGAGACUCUGCUUCUUCUCCACUGCCUAGACUCACCAGGGCUGCCUUUGAGGCAACUGUGACUUGAGGAGCUGUGGCUUCACACUGCCAUCACAGCAGCGGCAGCUCCUGAAGUGCACUGGAAAUACUCUCUUCAGCAGCAGCACCUGUACUUCACCUGCUGGAAUAACAUCUGGACUGACUACUCUGCUUUAGUUCAUUAGGGUGAAGUGGCCCACAUUCAACCCCAGCAGCAGCAGAGCACCUGAAAGGGCAGCCUAACAACUUGCUGAACACAGCCCUAACGAGGAGGCGCGUUCUGUGAAGAAGCAGAGGAUUUUGGUGCAGAGCCCCAGGUUUGUCCCCACUGAUAUUACGGAGCUGAGCCUAGCAGUCCGGCAGCCUGUGAGACUCCAGAACUGGAUCUCUGCAAGGACAGCUCACCACAAAGCUAGCUCAGACCAACGGACGCCCCGCGCAAGGGUGCGCUCCGGCAGCUGGGCCAGGACUGCCACAGGCCAGGGUGCAGUGCCCCAGCUGGGCCAUCAAAACCAGAGCAUUGGCUGGGUCUCUCCACCACGGCGGUGCACAGCACCACUCCAUGCCAUGUCUGUAAGCUUGCACAAAGAAGCGCCUGCUUUCCCGCUCAUCCCCUUCAGAGACAUGAGGGUCCGUUCUUUUUUCUGCUGCAGUCUUGGUGUGCAUGUGCCUGGUGAUGAUGGUUUGACUGAUUCUUCAUUUCAGUAAAAGCUCUCACAUCUG